AGGCUUUCUCAUAAUGGAAUAGUAUGAACUGCAUUCUGGUAGGAGACUCAAGGAAAGGUUUUAUAUGGGGCGGAUACGGGGAUUAUUCUUUCGAUAUUUUCUAGGAGUUAGCUGUUGUUCUAAGCAAGGGUCGGACUUGAUAUCUUCAGGUGAUGGCUGACCUCCAAAGGAAUCGUCUUUCUGAUAGGGAACAUGAACAGGCCAUUUCAACCCUUAAGAAAGGAAUGUAUCUGCUGAAGUAUGGGCGAUGGGGAAAGCCUAAAUUUUGUCCAUUCCGACUUUCAAAUGAUGAGAAAUCGCUGAUUUGGAUUUCUGACAAAGCAGAGAAACAACUCAAACUAAGCCAAGUUUCAAGGAUUGUAUCAGGACAGCGUACUGCCGUGUUCCAGCGUAGCCCUCAGCCUGAUAAAGAACAUCAAUCAUUUUCUCUUAUUUACAACAACGGAUCCUUGGAUUUGAUAUGCAAGGACAGAGAUGAAGCUGAGAUCUGGUUUACUGCUCUUAGGGUCUUAAUUUCAGAAGGUGACAGCAGCAGGCGAAAAAGUGAUGCAACAAGUGACAACACAUCAACAGAAAGUCAAUGUAGCUGUACUCAAAGAAAUUCUAUAUCUAAUGCGUCAUCUGCAAGCAGUGACAUUGAUCCCAGAGAUAUCCAAAUUGUUUCACUCCCGCAUGAGAGCUCUCCACAGCGUAGACUGGGAAAAGCUUUUUCGGAGGUCUUAGCAUACACUAGUAUAAUAAAUAGCUUAACUCAGAAGGAGACAGUUGCCAAUCAUUUCAGUUCAGAAUCAUUGGGGGGGUUAGAGAUCUCCUCUGUUUUUGAUUCAUUUAGAAGUAGUUUAUCCAGUCGAGUGAGUUCAUCCAGCCACAGAUCUUCUUUGGAGGAUUUUAAUGCAUUAGGUGGUGUUUUUAUCUGGGGAGAAGGAACUGCUAACGGACUGCUUGGUGGCAGUCACAAAACUCAAACUACUGUUACCAGAAUAGAUGCACUUUCACCCAAGGCUCUUGAAUCAACAGUGCUUCUGGAUGCUCACAAUAUUUCUUGUGGGUAUAAGCAUGCUGUUUUAGUCACAAAACAGGGGCAGAUCUUUAGUUGGGGUGAAGGAAGGGGUGGCAGGCUUGGGCAUGGAGUUGAAGCUGAUGUUUCUCAACCGAGGCUCAUUGGUGCUCUUAGUGGGUCAGCUAUUGGAUUAGUUGCCUGUGGGGAAUUUCAUACCUGUGCUGUAACACUUUCAGGGGACCUUUAUACCUGGGGUGAUGGUUGUCAUAAUCUUGGUCUUCUAGGGCACGGUACUGAAGUUAGUAAGUGGAUUCCUAAAAUGGUAAGAGGUGAUAUUGAAGGUAUGCGUGUGUCAUAUAUCUCUUGUGGAGCUUGGCAUACCGCUGCUGUUACAUCGACAGGUAAAUUAUUCACAUUUGGAGAUGGAGCUUUUGGAGCUCUAGGCCAUGGGGACCGUAGUAGCACAAGUUUACCUAGAGAAGUUCAUGCUCUUAGAGGGCUACGAACGGUGAGGGCAUCUUGUGGAGUUUGGCACACUGCUGCGGUUGUGGAAAUGCCUCCUGAGUUAUCUGGUGAGUUUUCAUCUGGAAAGCUGGUCACCUGGGGUGAUGGAGAGAAAUGGCAGCUUGGACAUGGUGAUAAAGAACCCAGAUUAGUUCCUUCUUUGGUAGCACUGUCAGGCACUACAAACUUUUCCCAAGUGGCUUGUGGCUACAGUAUUACUGUUGCUCUAACUGACACUGGGAAAGUCUAUUUCAUGGGGAGUGAUGGUCGUGGAAACCUUGGGAGCUCUGGAUGUAGCAAGACUCCGACCUGCGUCAAAGGCAAUAUCAAAAACAGCCGAAUUGAAGAGAUAGCAUGUGGUUCUUAUCAUAUUGCUGUUCGUAGUUCGGAUGCCAAGAUUUACACCUGGGGAAAAGGUGCAAAUGGUCAAUUAGGUCAUGGAGACAAUGAAGACAGAAAUAUUCCCACUCUUGUUGAAGCUUUGAAAAACAAACAAGCAAUGAGAGUGGUAUGUGGCUCAAACUUCACUGCUGCCAUUUGUCUUCAUGACUGGGCACUAGGUGCCGAUCAUUUAAACUGUUCUGGGUGUCGAAAUCCAUUUACUUUCAUCAGAAAGCGCCAUAAUUGUUACAACUGCGGGCUAGCCUUUUGUAAACCUUGUAGCAGUAAGAAAUCUCUAAAAGCUGCUUUGGCUCCUAAGAAGAACAAGCCUUGUCGGGUCUGUGAUGAUUGUUUUUCCAAAUUAAGUUGGAAAAAGGAGUCUCGAUCAGCUCUUGAAUCCGCUAAGAAUUCAAGGGAAGUCAUACAUCUGAAUGGUAAUGAGUUAACAGACAAAGAUAUUAUAAACCGAGCAUCUUUUCCUAAACUAGCCAGGCUUCCGUCCUUUGAUUCAUUCAAGAGCCGCAAUUGCAACCAUGAUAGAGGAGUAUUUAAGUCGCAGUGUUACCCAAGCUUUUUAUUAGGAAAUUCUACGAGAAAAUCAACUUCUGGUUUAAGAAUGGUUUCUCGAGGAUCAUCCCCUCCUUCAAGGAAGUCGAGUCCAGUUUCUUCUUUUACAAGAAAUUCAAUCCAUACUGAUCUUGCAAAUCGAGAAUUACUUCUUGAUGACUCAAAGCACUCAGUUGAGAGCCUCACUCAAGAGAUAAGUUUAUUAAGAACACAGGUUGAGGAUCUUACUGCCAAAUCUCAAGUCCUAGAAGCAAAACUCGAAAGAACAUCAAAGCGGUGGAAAGAGGCAAUGGCUGCAGCAAGUGAGGAAGCUGAAAAGAACAAAGCUUCAAAGGAAGUAAUCAGAUCUCUAACAGCGCAGUUGAAUCAAGGGCGUGGAAAAGGACCUGAACAAUCAACUUUACCUAGGAACUGAGAGAGUUUCGGCUGCUGAACUCACGUUCUUGUUCAGAUUCCAGAGUCCAGCCAAUCUCCGAACACAAAGCCCUUUCAACAUGCCUAGAAUCUCGAGUGUGACAGGUUCGUACGGAUAUCACGGCAUGGCCGAAUAAACAGCAAAAAAGAGAUUGGAGGACAAGUAUUGGAUAGUAAAAUGCAGAACAGUUGGUUUUGAAUACACGGGAGAGGAGGCAUUGCCCUGAAAACCUGCAGUUGCAAGGGCAAAAAUCCAGCCCCACUAGCAUAGGAUAUACAGCUGAUGCCUUAUGAUACAAAGUUGAUGAAGAGAACAUAGAAACUUCAUAUGUUUGAUACAUUUGAUGAAGAAUGUAUUGACUUCCAUUCCCAUGUUGAAUGCAUAUACAAAGCUAGUUUCACUUGGAUAGCAA